AUGUCUGGCAUAAUAUAUAAAUGUCUUCUGGGCUUUCUGCUAAUCGCCUGCCAGCUCGCUCACGAGUCAUUUGCUAGUAUAGAUUCAUCCAUGUUCAACCAUAGCAGUAGAUUAUCUGAAUUAGUACCAGAUACCCCUCUUGUAUUACGUUACCAUGGGGGACCCGUUCUCACGAGUCCGGAAUCCAUCAAAGUCUACAUUCUCUGGUACGGUAAAUUCACCCCUGCCCAAAAGGCCCCCCUCCUUGAUUUCUUCUCCUCUUUCCAUUACAACGAGAGAAGCCAGCCUUGUAUGAAGAAGUGGUGGGCAAUCUUGCAAGGCUACAAGGAUUCCUCCAAUACAAGUAUUGCCCCUAAUGUCAGGCUUGCCAAGCAGGCCUCCGAUGUGUCCUACUCACUAGGAAAGUCAUUGAAAAGGAGUUCAAUGGGUUCUCUCAUAAGAAGUGCAUUGGUAAAGAAACAAUUUCCCAUUAACCCAAGGGGAAUUUAUAUGGUCUUGACAGCAGAUAAUGUUUUUGUAGAGAAUUUCUGCAUGAGUUCUUGUGGGUUCCAUGAUUCUAUGAAGGUGUCUAACAGAAGAAAAGUGGUGAUAUCCUGGGUGGGCAACUCUGGUGUUCAGUGCCCAGGCUAUUGUGCAUGGCCAUUUGCAUAUCCUGGAUAUGGGCCUCCAAUUCCACCGCUUAUUCCACCCAAUGGAGACGUGGGGAUUGACGGCAUGGUCGUUGUGGUUGCAACAAUCUUGGCUGGAACGGCCUCUAAUCCCUUCGGUGAUGGCUAUCAUGCAGACCCUGCCUUUGCUCCACAGGAGGCCGCUACUGCCUGUAGUGGAAUAUUUGGGCCUGGAGCUUAUACUUCCUAUCCUGGGAAGCUUCUCAUGGAUGACAAGUCCAAGGCAAGCUACAAUGCUUAUGGUAUCAAUGGGAGGACAUUCCUUCUGCCUGCUCUCUGGAGUCCACAUACUGCAUCUUGCAAGACCACUCUUGGAUGA